CAUUUCACUGGAGAAAUAUUUUCGUGUCAAAAAAUCAAUGUUUAUGCACCUGGCUGUGCAUUGGUCAGGCUGCAAUGGGGCACACACCACUGGUCACAGCAUACAGAAACUUUUGUUUGGCUUGUUUGUUAUACAGGUUAGCCAGUCAAAAGUCAUAUUUUUUCAAGGGCUUGAUACUAAUAAGCAGACCAUUUGGUGUGUGUUUUAAGGAAAAUUUUCGAAAAUUAUUUUCACACAUUUGAGGAGUUCUUGAGGUAAGGUUGGAUAGGUUGAUGCUUUUAUGGUUUCACUUUUGAGACUAAUGAAGAGUUUCAUUCUGGACAUACUUGGUCUUCUUUAAUUGCAUGAUAAAAUCCAGGCAAGUUGUUCCUUACCUAUAUAUAACUGUAAAGUGAUGCAAGUGCCCAUGAAACGGAUAGGCUGUAUGCCAACAUGUUUCAUGUUAAAAUUUAAAAGUCUUUUACAAAAAGUCAUUGACCCAUUUCAAGAGAAGCCAUUAUUGAAUGAUUCAUCUAUGCAAAAAAAAGUAGUGAGAAAAUAACCAAACAACAUUUUGAAAACUUUAGCAGAUCAAUUAUUUUAACACAUUGGCAGUUGGCGUAUUUGCAGUGCGCUGCAUUGAUUUUGGAAUUUUAUGUACAUAAGGAAAUCACAAAUACUGCCUCAAUGACAUAUGGUAAUUGCUUGCCCUGUAUUGGAGCACACACGACACUGGGCUACCCCCAACAUUUAGAUCUUUUCAUCCAGUGAAUCUACAGGGGUCGCAAGACUCAGGGUGGCAAUCAGAGGAAUUGUAAGAAAUACCAAAGGCAUUGCUGAUGGGAGGUGAAGUAUUAUUCAGCUCUUAUUUGAUCUUUUUGUAGGCAGUUGUAAGCAUAUUCACCUGAAAAAGAGACUGCAAAGUAAUUAUUCCAGCCAGGGAAGACUUGGAUGUAGUUGUGUGUGACUGACAGGGUCCAAACAAGGUAUUAUCAAUGAACCUUACCUGGGGUGCCAGUAUCUUAGGCUGCAUUUAGGGAGAGAUAUUGUGAUAUGCAAAUUAAGAUUGAAGAGAAAUUCAACACUAGCAGUGUGUUGCAGAAUAUCUUUAGAAGGCAGCAUAUGUGGGAGCUUACAGGUUUUCAAGGUGGAAUUGCAUCUCAAUGAUUGCCAUUUGAACAUUUAAGACUUCUUCAUGCAAAGUGAAUAGAGCAACCACCACUGUGGAACAUAGCACCAUCACCUUUAUAUAGAGGAGUUAAUUCAAAGUGAAGCAAGGGCAUCCUAUAGGCAUUUGUUUCCAAAGCAGAUUUAAAGUUGCCUCUAGGGACAUAAGUAAGCAUACAGCAUUUUGCUGCAGAAGUUUCUGGGAAAAGAAAUUGGAUUUACUACCAUUUAAUGAGGUUCCGGGUCCCAUUGCCUCUGGAAUAUUGGCUUUAAAUUCCAGUAAAUCACAAUGUUUGAGUACAGAAACUAUGGCUAUUACCCUGAUGACAGUCCAAAUGAUCUGCGCGACACAAGCAUGCGCACAUUUGACACUGCUCCAAGAACUCCCACUUACAAACAGAAUGGUGGGAUUAAUUUUUCUAAGCAUCAUUUGAGUCAAUCAAAGCACAGUUUAAAUAUGUCACGGAGGAGUCUAAAUCUCUCAAAACUUUCCCUGUAUGGCAAGGAUUACGGAGUGCAGAAGUCUCUGGCAAGCCUAGCUUUACUAGCAGUCUUAUCUACUGUUUUAGCAAUAUUAGGAGUACAGAUGAUUAUGACACUGACUGCAAAGCAAAAUACAAAAUCUCGAAAUAAUGGUACAAUGCUGCGUCAGGACGAUGCUUAUGAAAGUAUUCUAGAGGUGGCUGUGGCACUGUCUGCUUUUGUAGUGAUGCUCAAUUUCUGUUGCCUCAUCGUGUGUUCUCUCCAGUGUUUCUUUGUUGCCAAGAUACUCAAGGUGCCACAGGGGGAAGAAAGGGCAUUUAAGUAUUUGAAAGAAUCUGCUGCAACAAGAUUCAUCUCAGCUUCUGGCUUCUUUAUUUCCAUCCCUGCAUAUAUUUUAGUGAUUCUGCUAUUCAUGGUGAUGGAAUUUCAAGUAACUCCUGCCAUCAUCUCAACUGCCAUUCUCGGAGUUGGAUUCAUAUUCUGUGUUAUAGCAGUGAUACAGAAUACUUACUACUGGCGGGUGGAGAAAGAGCGAGGAAACAAGAACCUGCCUGUAUUUGACUUCAAACAUAACAAACAAAAAAAUGACCAAUUAAAUGGACAAUCCACUGCCGACACAACUAGGAGUGAAUUAUCCACUCUGGUGUAACAUACACUUUGUAUAUAGUUGUUGGCUUAGCUAUAAUGCCAAGAUAUCUUCCAUUAGGGACUCUUAUGUUUUUGCUUAAGACCAAUCUUAAAUUCUGAGGUAUUAAGGGACUUCUCAAGACUAAGUUGUAUUAUCCCAUUUACUUCUUUUGUGCCAAAGAAUACCUUUACAGGCAGCAUUUCUUUUUGUACAGUUUAUGGUAAAUAGAAUGUGGCUAAUACCAUAUAAUAACCAGACAUCAUGUUUUCAUCAUUUAACUUAAGUUGUUUCUCAUAGAUGUUCAUUAACUUUGUGUAAACAUUAUGUUCUGGUUUGUUAUAUAUUGCUUUGUGUAACUCAUUGAUUUUAUGUCAGUCGAGUUUGCUGAACAAAGUGAAGGACAACAAGCACAUACAUGUUAUAAAAAUAUAAUCUUUGUAUGUUCAGGUAUUGCUUAGAUUCUAAGAAAGAUUAAUAAAAGCCACUUGAGCAAAAUAAUUAAGUUGACUUAGCAGUCAGAGGUUUUAAAAAGCCUGUAUAUUGUAUUGUCAGUUGUUUGUUUUUGAGUCAAUUUUAUUUAAAAAAGGAAAGGGGUGCUGAUAAAUACAACAACUAUUUAGAAUUUCAGAAAACUCUUUAUUGGAAUAACUGCAAAUAAUCUGAACAAGCACUACAUAAAAUAAGCUUUUUAGUGAACCAGUACACCAACUUAAGAAAACUAAACACCUAACAGUAAGAAAAAGACCAACUUGUCUUCAAGUACUAGCUAUACCACAAGUCGUACACUGUAUGCAACAUACAAGAGUGUAACUAUAUCGAGGGGAAGCCAAGAGAUAAUUUGUUCUUGUAUGUCGCAUACUGUGGACAACGAGUAGACUAGACUAGACUGGCGCUUCAAACAAUAGGAUGAACGCACCAAAGCAUUUGAAAAUACAGGCAAGCCUGUAUGUGAAAUACAAUAAUAAAUGAAACAAUCUAAGAGGGGAUUCUGUCUACAAAAUUGAACAUAUAUGUAAAGGAACUUCUCCAUUAAAGAAGCAUCCUCAUUACCAUCCUUUAAAAUCUAACCUAGUACCUACCAGGUAGGACCCAACAUAACAAGCUUGUUAUGUUGGGUCCUAGAUAAAACAUAAGUACCUUUUUGGAAUAUGUUCUAUUACAUAAAGUAAAAAAAAAAA